AUGGAAACAAAAUUACAGAAUGCAUUAUCCGAAUCAUUGAAAGAAAUAGGAAAGGCACAUAAAAAACCAUUUCCAGAAAAUGAAAAUUGUGAACAGGACAAACCAGUGACAAAUGUAGAUACAUUAUGUGAUGAUUUUACAGUGCCUUCACUUCAAGAUGAUCCUACUAAUAUGAGAAAAACAAGCAAAACUUCCAAAGAUGAUGAUGAUGAUGAUGAUGAUAUAGCAUCAUUGAAUAAAACUAAUGAUAAUAAUAUGAAAAUUAAAAAGUUCCGGAAAAAACAUAUUGCUAUAAUGGAUAGUGAUUCUGAAGAGGAAAUAGUUUCAACUUCACUUGCAAAAGAUAUUUCAGUACCUAUCAUCUCUGAACAAGCUGAAAACCACCCCACAGUAUCACCAAAUGAAGUAGGGACUAAAGAUAGUGAAACCAACAAUACUUGUAUUAUCAUCAAACAAUCCGAAAAUACUCUAUCUGGUAGUGAUAAUUUCAAAGUUGAUAAGAUGAAAAGGAAGCGUAUUGCAAUAGUGGAUAGUGAAUCUGAAGAUGAAUUAGGCUCAUCCCCUUCUGUGAAUGAUAUUUCACCACCUUCUCAUGAUGAACAACUGAAUCAAAACAAGUUCAUUGAUACAGAUUCUGAAGAUGGUAGUUCAACAGUUUUACCAAAUGAAGAUGUAGAAAGUUUUGAUAAAAACAAGAAAAAACAUAAAUUAAUAGUUGAUAGUGAUUCUGAAUAUGAUGAUAUUACUACUCAUAACAAAAGUUUUGCAGAUGAAACUGAAAAUGACAAUGCUCCCAUUUAUACAACUGAUUAUAAGGGCAAGUUGAUAGUUGAAAAUCCCAAAACAAAGAAAUCAUUGUGGACAGAUUUAUGUGACUCUGAAAGCUCUGAUGAUGAGGUGAAUCAGGAACCUGAAAACCCUACUGAUAAUGGUAAUGUGCCUUUUUUGGAAGAAGAAAUACUUGAACCAAUACCUUACAAGAAAAAGCACAAACCAAAAGGUGGAGAUUCAGAGAAAAAGAUGACUAGUAAAGAUGCUGCCAAAUUGAGGAAAGAAAUCCAGUCUGAAUCCCAACGUAUGGUACGUGAAAUGGAUGUAUCCCUUCCAUAUCACAGACCUAAACAAUUCACAUUGAAGGAGUUUCUGUCAAGAAGACCAAAGCUUGCAUCUACUGUUCCAACUGCUAGUAAAAUGCCUCCAUCUAUAGCAAUGAAGAUGUCUAGAGAUCAACUAAAAGACAUUCUGAAGAAACUUGAAGAAAGAAAAAAAGAGGUUCAGGAAUUUUAUAAAUCUGAAAGUGAACCAGAAGAUAAUGAUGAUGACAAAGAUGAUACAGAUUAUGUUCCUCCAAAUGAUACAACAUAUGAAAAUGUUUCACAUAAUCAAAAUACAGUGUCAGAUCUUGUUGAUGAUGCCUCUAAAUCUACCUCAAAACCCACUCAAGAUACUGAAAUGGAGGAAAAAGUUGAAGAUUCAGGAAUUGAUAGCCAGGAAAUUGUUGAAGAUAGCCCAACUGACCAUGGUAAAUCUGAAAAUAAUCAGGAAAAAUCAAAAGAACAAGAAUAUAAGGAAGUGGGGAGUACUGACACUAUCAAUAUUGAAGAGAAGGAAUCUGAGCAAGAAGAGAUAAUUUCUGAAUGUAGAGGUGAAAAAAAUGGAGUUAAUCUGGAAAAUCAGCACUCCAUGGAAUAUGAAUUCAAUUUGGAUGAUGUUGAAGACAAUUCAGAAAGAAUACUCAAAUCCAUAGAAAAUAUUGAUCAAACUGAAAAACUCCAGGAAACAGAAUCUGAAAAUCUUGAAGAAUCACCUAAUAAGAAAGAGGAGAGACACCAGCCAGAUGAAAACCAAUGUUUUGAAGAACUUACCAACAUUAACAACCCACUGAAUACGAAGAAGCCAUUUGAUUACUCAGAGCUAGAUAAAGAAAUAGAAAAUUUCGGCAACACUGAAGAUAUAAAAGUAGUUGAGAAACCCAACUUAUCCAAAUUAGAACUGAUCAAAGAAAGGCUAGCCAAUAUCAAACCAAGACUCAGUGGAGAUCCAGAUCAUGUCAUUGACUUAGACACAAGCAUAACCCGACCCAACCAGGUAAGAGAGCUCAUUGAGAGAUUCCUACAACACAACACCAAGCAUCACCACAAACACAGGGUGAAAGUCAACGUUGUUAGUGUAGAAAGUGGGCAGAUCCAUAAAGAAACUCUAGCCAUGAAUGUAGACGAUGAAGAUGAUCCUACAGAAAAAGAAGCAAAGCCUGGGGCAAUGCUGAUGAAGCUUAAAAGUGAGCUUCAAGAUCAGAUAAAACAGCAUAGAUCCGAAAUUUGGAAGAAAAAAGCUGUUUCAAAUGACAUACAGGAAAAAGAUCCAUAUGAAGGGGAGAAGUCAGAAUGUGGUGGUGAUGAUGAUGGUAUUCUAGAUGAGGAUGAAGAAGAAGAAAUGUCAGAGUCCAGUGAAGAAGAAGAGGAAGAAGAUGAAGGAAAUGAAGAACAAUCAACUGAAAAGAAAAAGUUAGCAUUCAUUGAUGAUGAAGCAGAAGAGAGUGAUAGGGAAGUAGAAUUUGAUGAUGAAGAAAAUGAUAUCAAGGAUAAAGGAGAAAAUGAAGAAGAAAUAGACGAAGAAGGAGAUGAGGAUUCUUCAUCAUCAAAUGUUGCAGAAAAUCUUGAGGAAGUCCCUGUCAACAAAACAUUGAAAAGAAUAGUUAAGGGCUUCACUGAAGAUUCUGACGAUGAAGAAGAUACUUUCAACUCCCAAAAUAAUGUCACAAAUGCCAUUGAAAAUUUG